GAUAGGCAGCCGCUCGUCUUACGGGCCCCGUUAGGUCCGAGUGCAGCUCUCGCCAAGAUAUCCGGUUGCAAUAACUACGCACAAAGACGAUAGGGACACUCGAUUUUGCUUACGAAGCACUUGACAGUCAAGACGGAAGCAACAGCCCUCCGAAGAAGGAAAUGCCUCCUCAGGUCAAGCCUCUUCCUGGCCCGCCGCAGAAAUUUCAGGGUCGGAAAGACUACCCCAUCGAAAAUAAAACCGAUGACUGGGGGCUGACACCCGAGGCACAGGAAACAUAUGUGGAGGUAUUCAGGCAGAGGCUGGAAGCUUUGCAGCUAUGGAAGCCCGAGAUAGACUACUUCACAUUGCGGCGCUUCCUGCGAGCGCGCACGUACGACUUUGACAGGGCCAUAAAGAUGUGGACGGACCACGUUAACUGGCGCCGGGAGAACAAGGUGGACAGCAUCCUGCAGGACUUCCACUUCGACGAGCGGGACAAGUUCCUGGAAGCGUACCCCCAGGGCUACCACAAGCUGGACAAGAUGGGCCGCCCGGUGUACAUUCAGCUGAUCGGGAAGAUCAAGGUGCCGGCAAUCAUGGAGUGCACGAACGAGGAGCGAAUGUUCAAGUUCCAUGUGCAGGAGUACGAGCGCUGCGUCAAGGUGAUCAUGCCCAUCGCCUCAAAGCUGGCGGGGCGGAAGGUGGACCAGACGUUCGGGAUCAUGGACGUGAAAGGCGUGGGCAUGUCAGCGCUGACUGGUGACGUGAAGCGCAUGCUGGGCCAGUUCACCAAGACCGACCAGGACAACUACCCGGAGAUGCUGGGGCACAUCUGCAUCAUCAACGCGCCGGCCGUGUUCCGCAUGCUGUGGGGCCUUGUCAAGAACAUGAUCGACGUGCGCACACAACAGAAGAUCGAGAUCCUGGGCCCCAACUACAUGGAGGCGCUGUUGAAGCACAUGGACAUCGAGAACAUCCCCGAGUUCCUGGGAGGCCAGAGCCGCGGCACGCUGCUGGACGACGUGGGCCCCUGGUCCGACCCCGAGCUCAUGGCGGCCAACGGCAUCGACGUAGAUGCGCUGCGCCGGGGCGACCCCGCAGGCGCGCUGCCGGGGCCGGGCCUGGCGUCGCCCAGCUUCACCCGCGCGCCGUCCCUCCUGAACAGCUCCCUGGGGCCCAUGGGCAGCAUGUUCCGCACGCCUACUGUCGCCCGCGUCUCGGUGGAGGCUGCCAACGGCGCGAGCCCGUCCGCGUCCGCCUCGGGGCCGUCCGCCAUGCUGGCCGCCUCCGCCGCCGCCACGGUGGCGCAGCUGCAGGCCAUCGCGGAGAACCGCUCGCGGUCGCUACAGGAGCGCGUCAAGGUGUUGGAGAACAUGCUGCCAGCAGCCCUGGAGCGGUCGCGGCCACAGGCGGCCACGGACGUGAGCGUCCGGUCCGCGCCCGAAGGCAGCCUACUGAACCGGGUGGAGGUGCUGGAGGACGCGGUGGAGACGGUGCUGCUGGCGCAGGAGGCACUCAUCAUCCAGGCCCAGCAGCAGGCGCAGCUGACGGAGGUGGCGCUGGCGGACCUGCGCAACCGCGUGGCCACCGCCGAGGCCAAGGCGUCCAGCGCCAAGGCGGGCUGCUGCACCAUCAUGUGAGGGAGCUGGCAUAGCUUGGACGGCACGGUCCAGAGGAGGUACUACAGCGCGUUUGGCCACUACUGGAAAGGCAGGCCGAAGGCAUAGCGGGGGCUUCUAUGGAUGCUUUGCCACUUGCUGGCAAGGCCGCGAAGCGGUGACCAGAAUGGCGCGGGACCACGCCCUUUAAGCGGGCGGCGGCGCCUUCCUCGCGUGGGGAGCAAAUGAACUGAAGCGUGGGGGACUGUGGAGACGGAUACCACUGUGGGGGCGGACACGCUCCACCCAGCCAGCAAGAGGCAACCGCCAUGGGUUAGGAGGUGCUAGUACACGGGGCUGCAUAGGCGUGCCUCAGGCAGACGGGCACGCAUGUGUCUGUGGUUGGUUGGGUGGAGGCAGUGGCGCGCGCAUUCAGGGCAAUUAAGGACGCCGGGCAAGGUUUGAUGUCGGGCGUUGGGCGCACAUGGAGUAUCAUGUGUGAGCCUCCUAAGUGGGGCUUUCGGGUGAGCACUGGCAUUGAGACAUACUGGCUAGGCAUGCAAGAGGGAAUUACGGCAUAUGCUGCGGAUGAGCUUGUGUUUCGGAGCAAGGGGUUUGGGCGCGGAAAGUGCACAUAUUGCGCGGCUUGCGUUUGACGGAUUCGCCCAUGUGUUGGCCGUACGGGUCGGCCUCUGCAUACUAUCAUUUUGUAUCAGGGGAGGUAUCUUAGCAUCAAGCAAGGCGCGAAAGGUCUCUCAUGCAGGACUCCAAGGCGGCACUCGGACGUCAGCUUGAACGUGCCCGUUCUGAGCAUGGGGCAGUGACCGCUGUCUCAAUUGUUCGUGACGGUGAUAUGGGGACCGCCGUGGCGAGCGCAGGUCUUAACAUUAAGUUAUCAUAACGACCCGCUUGGAACCGCUUGGAACCCGCCCCGUUUGCUUCACGGUGAGCUGCAUCGACUGGCGCCAAGUUACAAGCGGGGGUGCCAGCGAGUGGUGCAGGAGUGCCAGGGCCCUGCGGCGACGGAACACAAUGGAUGCUGGGCGUCGCCAGGGUUGAACAACUCGUCUGGAC